GGACGAGAAGGCUUUGCAUUGUAUAUUGUAUAUUGAGUCGUCACUAAAUUUUUAGUGCAAUCAGUCAGUUUGCAACUAAGAAACAAGUCGGAUUGUGAAGCUCAUUUGUCAGAAUGAAAGGCGCGACGAUUUUUGUAACCAUUAUUUGGCUGACGAAAUUCGCUUUCAACUCGUUUGGCAGCGCAGCCACCCUGGGCGAAGCGUGCAAUUUCGCUAACUCUUGCGAACCGGACAGCAGCGUCAUUUGCGAAGAGAACAUUUGCAAAUGCAGGCAGAGAUUUCACGAGGAGAGCGGCCAAUGCCUCGCGGCUCUCGGCAAGGCGUGCUCCAUUGUGGGCGACGAGUGCGCGGCGAUUCCGUACGCCCUGUGCGACGCCGACGACGGUCUCUGCAAGUGCAUCCGAGGGUAUGAACCCCUUCACGGAGACUUUCCCUCAGCCUCGCCCGCAGACAAAAUCCACUGCGCCGCUACAAAAAUCGGCGACCACUGUUUGGAGCCGCAGCAGUGCCGACGACCCUACAGCCAGUUCGACGGCGAUCGGUGUGGCUGCAAACCAGGGUACGUCCCUGACAACAAGGACGACGGAUGCCUGCUAAAUGUGUCCCAUCUUGGCGACAAUUGCCGUAAUGGUGCUCAGUGCCGUACCUUGGACCCGAACACAACUUGCAAAGGCCCAAAGGAGCCGAAAACGUGCACUUGCAAGAAAGAUUAUUUCGUCGGCGAUGCGUUCAACAAAAAGUGUCUCUCAGCUGCCAGAAAGUAUGGAGAGGCUUGCCAGUCGCUUUCCGAGUGCACCCUGCGUCUUGGGGUUGACGCGAAAUGCUCAAAAACAGAACAAGUUUGCGUGUGCAUUGAUGGUCUCGUUCCUUCCAUAGACAAAAGUAUUUGUUUGCCAAGGAGAGAAUUGAACGACUUUUGCGUGCAAGAUCAGCAAUGCAGUGAAAACGCGCCGAACUCUGAAUGUGCCGCAAAUUUUAAGUGUUCCUGUGUCGAAGGUUUUGAGGAAAUCCAGGCCACGUGCUUCAAAAUCCCACAGCAGAUUGGCGAUUCCUGCGCCGAUUCGAGCCAAUGCAUCUCGCACGUCACCUCGGAAAACAUAGUUUGCAGAGACGGAUUUUGCCAGUGCACGCCAGGACACACGCCCAACGCAGAAUUCAAAGAAUGCUUGCCAGGAGUGUUCGGCAUUGGCUCGCCGUGCGUGGAGAACGCGCAGUGCUCAGAAAAUGUAGAGCACACCAUUUGCGACACCUUCGAGCGACGCUGCGUUUGCAAGAGGGAUUUUGUGCCGUCCGCUGACAAUUCACGAUGUCUACCAAGAACGGGAGGUCUGUUCGACCAGUGCGUCGACGCAGGGCAGUGCGCGGCCGAAAUCGGCGGAGAAGUCGAUUGCAUCAACGGAAUUUGCAACUGCAAGGCGAAUUGCCACUACUUGGACGGCACGUGUUGGCAGAGCAAACUCUUGCAAGAUGCGUGCACGGACAGUCGCGAGUGUCGCUUGGCUGAAUAUUCGCAAAGGGCCGAGUGCGACGCGAGCGGCUUCUGCGCCUGCAGAGCCAACCUCACCGCAAACCUCUUUGCAAACACCUGCAAUUCUGGUGCACAUAUUGUGGCGAGUUUUGCAAUUCCUGCUCUGCUGCUCGCCUUUCUUCAACUGCUCACCUGAUUACAAAAGAAAUUUCGUUUUAUCAAUUUUGCUUAUUAAGCAAUUAG